GCGAGGAUGAAAAAGCAGGAAAAAACCGCCCGGACGAACUUGCCCUCUACCUACCACCACUUGGAUCACUGCCUCAAGUUGAGAGCACCAGAAGAGACGGAGACCGCUUGUUUGCAAUAUGAAGAUUACGGACAAGUUGCAGCUGCCCGAGUACAGAGACCGAGUUACUUGGAGUUAUGAGUACUUUCCCCCGAAAACGAGUACGGGUGUUGUCAACCUGUACAAUCGUAUUGAACGGAUGAGAGACUGGGGACAUCCAACAUUUGUAGAUGUCACUUGGGGUGCAGGUGGUAGUUCGUCUGAUCUGACACCCGUAAUCGUUAAAGUUACCCAGUCAGACUAUGGUUUGGAUACGUGUAUGCAUCUUACCUGCACAAACAUGGCCACGAAGCAGAUUGACGAGGCCUUGGAACGUGCUUACAAGGUCGGCUGUCGUAACAUUCUUGCUCUUCGGGGUGAUCCGGUCAAGCAUGAGUCGGAAUGGACCGCUCUUGAGGGUGGAUUUGAAUAUGCAUGCGAUUUGGUUCGGCAUAUUCGCAAGAAAUACGGUGAUGAGUUUUGUAUCGGUGUCGCUGGUUAUCCGGAGGGAUACGCCCCAGGAGACGACAUUGACGCUACUAUCAAGCAUCUCAAAAUCAAGGUUGACGAGGGUGCCUCGUUCAUCGUUACACAAAUGUUUUACGACGCUGAGAACUUUGUCGACUGGGUCAAGCGUGUUCGUGCUGCGGGUAUUACUAUUCCCAUCUUCCCUGGAAUCAUGCCCAUCCAGUCUUGGUCAACGUUCAAUCGACGCUGCGAGUGGAGCGGUGUUCGUAUUCCUCAGCACUUCAUUGAUGCUUUGGAACCUUUGAAGGACGAUGAUGCUCUGGUUCGCGAGAAGGGCUCUGAACUCAUGGCCGAGAUGUGUCAAAAACUCGUCGACAACGGAAUUACCCGCUUGCAUUUCUACACAAUGAACUUGGAAAAAGCCACAAAAAUGAUUAUUGAGAAGAUGGGCCUCCUUAAUCAAUAUAUUGAGACUCCAAAAAACGAACUUACCUCGCACAUCCGUUCUCCUUCACAACUUCAAUUCCUUGACAACCCUCGGCCGAACGAAACCGUACGCCCAAUGUUCUGGAAGACACGUUCACAGAGUUUUAUUUCGCGAACAGAACAGUGGGAUGAAUUCCCAAACGGUCGUUGGGGUGACUCUCGCAGUCCUGCUUUUGGCGAGUUUGAUCCCAAGCAUCAUGGUUUGAAGCAAACAGACGCAGAAAUUCGUGCUCUUUGGGGUUCACCUGAAAACAUCCGUGAUUUGGGCAAUGUGUUUGCCGCGUACUGUGAGCGUAAACUCGCUUGUCUUCCUUGGAGUGACAUUCCACUGAGCGGCGAGAGUGCUAUUAUUGCUGAUAAGUUAGCCGAAUUGAACCGUCAAGGUAUACUGACCAUCAACUCACAACCCCCCGUUUGCGCUGCCCCAAGUACUGAUCCUCUUUUUGGUUGGGGUCCUGCACAUGGUUAUGUUUUCCAAAAAGCUUAUCUUGAGUUCUUCAUGCAUCCAGAUCAAGUGAAGAGCUUACUGGAAGUUAUUCCUUCUUUUAAAACUGUACAGUACUACAUCACUGAUUACGAGGGCAGUCUUGAAACAAAUGGCGAAUUAGACGUGCCCAGUGCUGUUACUUGGGGUGUUUUCCCCAAUAGCGAAGUAAUCCAACCCACCGUGGUAGAGUCGGCUUCGUUCCUUGCUUGGAAAGAUGAGGCUUACAGUCUUGGUCUGUCAUGGGCGAAGGCCCAUUCCAGUACAUCUGCUCCUUUCAAACUUCUGACGAAUAUUGUUAAAGAAUGGAAACUCUGUGUAAUUGUCGAUAAUGAUUUCCGCGCCAAGGACACACUUUUCCGCUUCCUCGAACAAGUCAAACCUUUGCGCGAAUUGCAUCCCGAGUUCUUCUCUCACUAAAAAUAUCUAAUCCGUUCGUUCAACCGCAACAACAUCUUUCCGCCUACAUCUUGUCCCUCUUUUUUUGUUUCAUUGGAUUAACUCCAUAAUAGUGUUUUAUGAUGGGUAUGACUUUUCAAAAAGCUUCAACAGUUUUAGCAUCUC